UUUGUGUUUGUCUGGAGAUGUUCGUUUUUUGAAAGGGAAUAAAAUCGAAAUAUUUAAGUGAGUUUGAGGAAGAAUAAGAUCCAAAAAUGAACAAAUAUUAGAAUAAGUAUGCAAUACAACUAAUUAAGACAAUAGAUAUAUGCAUAUGCCCUGAAUAUAGUCUAGAGAGUGGUAGAAAGGUAACAUCUGAUCUUGCAGAAUUACAUAUUUGCUGACAUAACUAGAGAGAACUCUGCUGAGAGGUAGGAGAUAGUGACAGAUAGUGAGAGUUAGGAAGCAAAUCUGAGAUAACAGAAUCCACAUGGCCAAGCAGAGAAACUGAAACUAUAACCAUCAAUAUUGGAUAUAGCAGAUAAAAGGCAGACAUAAGCAGAUAUUCAACAUAGUCAAGAUGUGGUUAUGACGAGGGAUUUUCUUAGAUCUACCUGUGCCCAGGGGCUGGAGGGUGAGACAUGGAGCCGGGGGUAAGGACCGACCCACAUGCCAAUCCAAAUGAACGCUCUUACUCUGAGACACAUUUUCAUGAGAAGCCUGAAUACAUAGACCCCUACAGAUUAUACUCCAAGAUGCAACAUGCGGAGAGUGAAGACUCAUUGGAUGGCAAUAGAUCAUCUAGUCUUACACGUAACCUCAGUUAUGACUCUGUGGUCUUUGACAUACUUAGGGUGUCCCCAGAGGAUUUUGCAGCCCAGCUGACUCUGAUGGACCUUCCUAUAUUCAAGUCUAUUAAGCCAGAUGAGUUAACAAGUUGUGCUUGGACCACUAAGUUAAAAUUAGAAAAAGCACCAAAUGUAGUCGCCUUUACUCGAAGGUUUAACCAUGUAAAUUUUUGGGUCCAAAAAGAAAUACUCAGUGCUCAAAGUAUGAAGAUACGUGCAGAAACAUUAUCACAUUUUAUACGAAUAACAAAGGAGCUUUUAAAGCUACAGAAUCUCCACUCAGUUAUGGCAGUAUUAUCAGCACUUCAGAGUGCUUCAAUCUUUAGACUCACAAAGACAUGGACAAUGCUGAGUCGUAAAGAUCGUUCAACUUAUGAGAAGUUAGCUGAUUUAUUCUCGGAGGGUAAUAAUCGGCAACGAUUACGAGAUUACAUGGAAACUGUGAAACUGCCUGUGAUACCAUACCUAGGUCUAUAUCUCACUGAUAUAAUAUAUAUAGAUGUUGCCCAUCCACAUUCUGGAGGUCUAGAAAGUCGUCAGCGAUCUACUCAAAUGAAUAACAUACUCCGUGUUGUGUCAGAGUUCCAGCAGUCACUAUAUGAUGUAGAGAUGAAGGAUUACAUCCAGAAUUAUUUAAAGUCAGUACGCUAUAUAGAAGAAUUGCAGAAAUUUGUAGAAGAUGAUAAUUAUAGGUUAUCACUGAAACUUGAGCCACCUGCUGGUAGUGGCUCUAACUCCCUAAACAGGUCCAAGGAUGACCUGUCAUAUAUCCCCCAGACCCCACCCCCAAACCAAACCAAUAUUGACCAGGCUAAACAGCUCUCCACCCCUGGGGGUUCCACCUUCGUCCCCAGUCACAGGAAGACUCGCAGCUUAGGGAAUAAUUUCUUGGCAAACACUAAUCCAUAUGAUCGAACAUCUAGUCUCCCACAGGGCCAUACACAGACCCAGCGCCAUCUAUUAGAUGACAGUGUACUAGAGGAGUCACCAUGUGCAUCAAGUGGUGAAUCUAUUGGUGCUACAUCUGGUGAUGGCGUUCUGGAGCAAGAGAUUCCCAUAGAGAAAACCAGCUCUUGUACAUUUUGGCCUGCAAAGAACCGAGAAGAUAACGACUUCUACGAGGCAUCUUAUUCCUGUGAGGGUUGCCUUAAGAGGAAGACAUUGCUCAAAUAUGGUAAAAAGCCAUCAGUGUCGUCCUGGACACGUUAUUGGUUAGCACUGUGGGGAACGUCACUACUGUAUUAUCCUGCUAAGACACUAAAAGGAGUUGAACGCACAGAUUUCAAGACCAACCCCAGCAAGAUGACUAGUAUUGUAGGGUGGAUGGUUGUCAUGGGAGACAACCCCAUGCAACCUGAUGCAUUCACUAUAACAGACUCUAACAAAGGCAAUGUAUACAAACUAAGGGCAGGUACACAAGCCAAGGCCCUGGAGUGGGUGAAACAUUUAACAGCUGCUACUAAGGCCGAUGAGUUCAAGCCACCUGGGAACUUGAUAUCAUUUGAAGAGAGCUAGCAUACAGGGUGACACAAAAUACCGUAGUGAAGAAAUACAAACUGCCAUCAUUAAUAAGUGCUCCAUAAUUGAACUCAUAAAUACAGGGUGUCUACAGAUACAACCCAAAGCCUUAGCGUAUAAGCUAAAUACAGGGUGAUUUCGAUACAAGCCCCUGUCUGCCCAUACAAGCCAAAACUCUAAACAAUUAGCCCUAUAAACUGUUUUGGUUACAUACAAGGUGUCUCAAGAUACAAGCUCCUCGAUGUCUUCAAAGAUAACUAGCAAAAUACAGGGUGAGCCAAAGACAAGCUUUCAGACAGUGACCUAGUGUAUUAAUUAAAUAUAGGCUGUCAGAUAAUGUCAUGUGAGAUACAGCCCAAUCCCAAUGUAUUAACAAUAAACUCUGAUAUAAUAUAUUCACUUUGGGAGGAAAGCCAAUAUGUACAGUGUGUCAAACAAAUUGCCAUGAAAGAAGUGCCCAAUGAUAAAUCCUAAAUAUUUGCAUUUAGGCUCCAUAUGAAUUGCUUUAUAUUGGAAUCAUGCCAGAUGUUUAAUCUUGGCUGUUAGCUUUAAGAAAGAUUUCUUGGUUUAAAAUGUAAAAUAAAGAGGAAAAGACUAGAAUCAACAAGCAAUGGGGUACACAAGUGUAAAGUCAAUGUACUCCAAAUUGUAUGAGAAAAUAGGACAUUUAUGUGAAGUUUAUUAGAAGAGAGUUUAAUACAUAACUUACACCCCAGUCACAUUUCCCACGGCCGCCGUGCGGUCUAUCAUUUCUGCGGCCAGUAGCUUUUCUACGCUCGCCGUAGAAUUUCUGCGCUCU